AUGGCAGCAAAUAACCCCCCAGUGAUGCAUUCACCUGUUUCUGACCACACGGAAGGAGUUCCGCCUCCAAUUCCAUUGGCCAAUCCCGCUCCGGGACUUAAGGUUGAUAGCCGACAAAACUCCAACUUACUUGACACCUCACAACCUGGGACUUCGGCCCAUAAUGUUUCCGCUACCUCCAUGACUCUGCUUUCGGGAAGACAGGAAAAUGAUAGAUCCUUGCCAGGGAAUACCGGCUUUAGUGAAGGUAUUGCAGAAGAUAGGAGUAGACGUUCUAAUGGCGGAGCGCCCGCAGGAGAUUCGUGGGUAGGAGUGCUUCAUCAGCUCUUACGUACUUCGCAAGAAGAAAUGAGAGCUGAAAUGAGAACAAUGCGGGAAAAUAUGAACGCAUUAAGUGCAGUGGUAACUGCAUCUCAAACUGCACCCAGUGGCCCUAGGGACUUUGCUUCUAUCGGACGCAAUUCGACGCAAGCCACUUUGAAUAACCGACCAAAUUUCACCACUAAUAUUGUCAUGAAGCCACAGGAUUGGAAGGUAUCCUAUGACGGCACCGGUAGCGUAUCAGAUUUUCUCUUUAAGCUAAACACGUUGUAUGAGCGCACACAAUGUACAGAUGAGCUGUUGAUGGCAAGUUUCCACCUAUUUUUGUCAGGGCGAGCAGAGGAAUGGUAUUGGUUGUUCACUAAGCAGAAUCCAGAUGUGACUUAUCCCUUCUUAUGCUACUCUAUCAAGCGGGAAUUCGGCACCUUAAAAAGUGACCAUGAGAUCAUGAUGGAGAUCUCAAUGCGUCGUCAGAAGGCUAAUGAAUCGUAUGAUAUGUUUCAUACAGAUAUAUUAGCCUUGACCGCUAGACUAAGGGAGCCGAUGUCUGAGAACCUGUUGAUGGACAUAUUGAAGAGGAACGUUAACAGCAGCCUGAAGUGGAUGCUUUUCAAUGCUGGUGCGCAGACCCUACAUGACCUACGUGACGUUGCUAGGAAUGGCGAACAGUUCCUGAAGAAAACCAGGAGUUUGGUACCGAACUAUUCAGGACGGCAUGUCAACGAAACCAUGGCUAUUACACCGGAUGAAUGGACAGGAGGAAUGAAUGGAGAAGUGAAUCCACAGGUGGAAGCGCUGAAUUUCCAGAGGGCUAGGAAACCGGACUACUCAGGAAUACAGUAUUUUCCAAAUGAGGAUGAGCCAAACUUCCAUCAGCUCACACCAGAUCAGAAGAUAGCGUUGCAAAAGGUUGUUCAGGAUUUUCCCUCGUUCGAAACGCUAGGACUAGGUCAAACCAGUUUAGUGACUUACCAUAUAGACACGGCUGAUGCAGUGCCAAUUAAAAGCAAGCACUUUCCUCUUUCACCACCCAGGCAGGCGGAAGCCUAUAGCAAAAUUGAAAGGCUAUUUAAGAUGGGAGUGAUUGAGGAAUCGAAUUCACCGUGGUGUAGUCCAGUGGUACUGGUUCGGAAACCACGCAAGGUCAGGCUGUGCAUUGACUCCAGGAAGGUGAACGCGGUCACAAAGAAGGACUCGUAUCCGUUGCCCCAUAUUAAUGGGUUGUUGAGCGGGUUAAAUGACACAUACUUGAUAAGUGGUAUUGAUUUGAAGGAUGCUUUCCUUCAAAUCAAAUUAACGGAAUCGUCUAAGGAAAAGACGGCAUUUGCGGUUCCAAAUAAGCCAUUGUACCACUUUAAAGUAAUGUGCUUUGGCCCGUACAACGGUCCACAAACAAUGAGUCCGCUGAUGGAUAAGGCUAUCCCUUCACUAUUGCGGGAGAACGUCUUUGUCUACCUGGACGCUGCCGGCACCAUUACGGCAAGGUCACAACACCGGUGA